UCGCGCAAGGAAACUCGUCCUGCUCCUGGCGCGCCAAAUUUCAAAGCACUUCCUGGGGAGAGGAGGCGAUAAGAUUUACCGCGGAACACAAAUAAAAGACUUAUGUAGCGUUUUACAAAACAUAUACCUUCAUACUUUGGAAUGAAGAACCGCAAUUGAGCAACUGGCCACUACAUAUGCACUUUCAAUAUUUCAUCCACCUGUGCUGCGGGUUAUAGUUUGUCCUCUAAAUAUUUUAAUAUUUUUUUUAGCAUGUCAUAUUUUAUUUGCUGGACGUAAUAAGCUCUUAUAAGAGUCAUAUUUGAAAGUGUUUCUGAGAGGAGGAUCUUCAGCAGAGGACGUUUAUCUCAGUGUAAUGUGAGAGCUGCUGUUUUCCGGCUGUGUUGAGGUUUUUCCUACACAGUUAUUUGUGGGAUGUCAAAAUGUCGUCAGGAGUCCAGCCGUGUUUUCAGUUGUUGAGGAUUGGAUUGUCAGACACAAACACUAGUAACGCUCAGGGAAAUGCAUCGUCAGACUCCGUCCGUGACCUGUACACUUUCUGGCCUGCACUGGCCCAGUGUGUGUUUCGUUUGGGACGGGACACGGAGCAGUGUGACGUCACUCUGGAGUCCAUGAUCGUGUCCCGUGUCCAUGCAGAGCUCCAUGUGGAAAGAGAAACUGAUGGCUCUGGAGAAGAGAGCUGGAGAGUGCAAGUGAAGGACCGCAGCAGUUAUGGCACGUGGGUAAAUGACAUGCGCCUCCAACAAGGGGUCUUAAAGGAAAUCUUAGAUGGUGACACGCUCACCAUCGGCGGCCAAUCAGGACGAGCGAGUCCAGAGUUCUACUUCCUCUUCCAGAAAGUACGGGUUCGUCCGCUGGACUUCGACGCCAUCACUGUGCCCAAAGCAGGUUCCUUCUCAUCAGACAUAAAGAACCGGAUCAGAACGAGCUCGGACCGUAAACCGGACCCAGCUCUGGAGAUCUCAAAGCAGUCCAUCAACAGAGCCACGGUCAUCCUCAACUCCAUCGGCAGCCUGAGCAAGAUGAACGGCAGCUGCUGGACCUUCAAGAAGAACCAAAAUACAAGCACCUUGAACACUCCAGCGUUCACCGCUCUGGCUCCGCCCACGACUCCGCCUCCUUUCCAGGCCGCUGGAGAGAUUUCAUCCAAGUCUGUCCCGCUGUCCUCAAAGAGCCGACGCAAGUCCGCUCACACGGUUCUGCUGGAGGACGACAGCUCGGACGAUCCCUCGAGCCGCAGAGACCUGGAGGACGGACGCAGGGGACAAGCCAAGAAAAGACGCCGGCUUUACAAGUCAGAGUCAGAGGUGUUUCAGCCCCCUCUGCCCAAACUGGAGCAGAACUGCCAGUCACAGAUGGACGUGAGCAAACACUCCAGCAGCAGCAUUUACAGUGUGCCCUCCAACCAGCAGUUCAGUCACAUCGUCAACAUAUCGAGUCACACCAGAGGCGACGGCGUCAGUGUGUCGCCCCUCCGCCUGCAGAAGCCCUGCUUGUCUGGUCCUGGCCGGAGACCGAGGGCUCACAGCUCGCCCGUGUUCACCACCUUCAGGAUGGGAGGUGAGAAUUAUAACCUGACCUCUCCGUCAGCGAGGAUGAGCAAGACCGAGAACGCCAGGGGAGUGAUCUCUCGCUUUCAGACCUCUACUGGGCGUCGACGUGGAAGGCCUAGAAAACACCCGCUGCCACAGCCUUCCCUGCCGCCUCCCUCUUCAUCAUCCUCGUCUAGCUCCUCCUCUUCCUCCUCCUCAUCAUCAUCCUCUGAAGAUGAAGAGGUGGCGGUGGCUCAGGGAGUGGAGCCGUGUGCAGCGGCUCGCUGUCGUCUCCCGCAGCAGGACACUGUGCAGUGGAUCCAGUGUGACGACUGUGACGCCUGGUAUCACCUCGACUGUUUACCACACAACCACAACCGAGCCUCGCUGCUCCUCGACCCCAGCGCAGACUUCCACUGCGGCUGCCACUGAGCACCGCCUCCGCUUCCUCUGCUUUACAGCUUCUAGUAAACCAAAUGCUCUCAAACAUUGUUAAUAUCACAAGGACUGGCAGAUCUGUUGCGUCCUGGCAUCUACAGUGCAAACCUCAGAUGUUUUCUGCAGUGGUGCUAAUUGCUUUGAACUGAUUUGGAUGAAAUGAGGGUGAUGGAUUUCAAGAGCAUCCCAUUACAACACCUGAUGCUUUCUGACUGUUUCUGAUAGAUAUGUACUCAAUAUACGCAAGAAUGAAAUCUUCAAAAUGCUGAAAAAUCUAAAUAAGUAUGAAUAUGAAAAUGGAGUUUAUAUUUUUAGAAGAAUGGAUGAAUUGAGUCUUUGAUUCAGAUAUCGAGGAGGAUUUCGCUGGGUUUGGUAACUAGAUACUGGUUGUUAAACAUGCUUUGCCGACAUAUUAGCUGGUGUAUAAUAUGUUAUCAUUGAAUACUGUAUGUUUGCAAAUGGGCAAUGAGGAUCUAUAUAUAAUAUUCUGUCUUAUUCAAGGGUUUCAUUAGCAUUACUUUGCUUUUUUGUAAUUUCAGAAUCAGAAAAUUUAAUAACAGCUAAACCUUAAAUCAC